AUAACAAUCUUUCACUUGCCUGCCUACUGUUACCUGCUAACCCAAAAGUGGCUGUGUAUGUUUGCCUGUUCUUGUCAUUUCCUGCUGGUGAUCAAGUCAUGCCACGUGGAAGAGAUGUCAGCAACAGCUGUUGCCUCCCACUUCACCUGAAUGAAGACAAUGCCCGUUUUGGCUUGUUGGCGGCCUUCAUCCUCCUCUACCUGCUGUGUGGCGCGGUGGUGUUCUCCGCACUCGAGCAUCCCUCUGAGCUGCAGGCUCACCGGCGCUGGGACGAACAGCUGGCCAACUUCACGGAGCAAAACAGCAUAAACCUGAAAUCCCUACAUGUCCUGCUGAAGCAAUAUGAGGAGGCCUUUGCGACUGGGAUCCGUGUGGACAAACUUAGGCCCCGCUGGGAUUUCUCAGGGGCCUUCUACUUUGUUGCUACAGUGAUCUCCACAAUUGGCUUUGGCAUGACCACUCCUGUCACCGUUGCAGGUAAGAUCUUUUUGAUAUUCUACGGACUCCUUGGCUGUGCAGCAACAAUCCUCUUCUUCAACCUCUUCCUGGAGCGCAUCAUCACGAUGUUGGCCUAUAUCAUGCGCUGGUGUCAUGAGCGCCAACUGCGCCGCUCCGGCAUGGGAGGAGAGGAGGCCAGGAGCGAGGACGACAGUCUGGAGGGCUGGAAACCAUCGGUCUACUACGUAAUGCUCAUUCUGGGCAUCGCCGCUCUGCUGAUCGCAUGCAGUGCAUCUGCGUUGUACUCUGCCAUGGAGGACUGGGACUACUUUGAGUCCUUGUACUUCUGCUUUGUGGCCUUCAGCACCAUUGGCUUCGGGGAUGUGGUGAGCAGCCAACGGGAGAGCUAUAAAGCUCAAGAAGCCUACCGUUUCGGCAACUGCCUCUUCAUCCUCAUGGGUGUGUGUUGCAUUUAUUCCCUGUUCAAUGUCAUUUCCAUCAUUAUCAAGCAGACGCUCAACUGGAUCCUCGGCAAACUGGACUGCAGCAAGGCUCAGUGUCCGUGCCGUGGCCGUCCGUACAGAAGACGAGGUCGGGCCUGUUGUUGCUGCUGCUUUCCACGAAUUCCCAACCAGCGGCACAACCACCACCCUCCACCGGGACAUUCCCGGCAGAGGGCUCAAAAGCGCAAUGCCGUGCACCCUGCCCCGGCUAACGAAGCGUCAGGAAAGCGCUUCACUAAUGCAUCAGUGGAAACAGUUUGUGAUAGUGAGACUGAAGCUGGCUUAGGACCAGAUGGAGGUUAUCUGACAGGGCGCAGACUGUCUGGAGAAAUGAUCUCAGUCAAUGACUUUAUGGCCAACAAGGUAUCUCUGGCCAUUCUACAGAAGCAACUCUCAGAGACCGCUCACGGUAAUCCAAGACAGAGCCACGUUCGCCAGAACGGCUUCUCUGGUGGAGUGGGCGCCUUUGCCAUCAUGAAUAACCGCCUUCAGGAGACAAGUGUCGACAGGUAGCUUGAUUAUAACAAAGAUGGCAUUGGAUAUAUUGCACAUUAUCUAAAGAUGACUUUAGUGAGGGUUGUGUUCUAUUCAGAACUGAAUUGAGAAUGGCUACAAAAUUCCUGAAUUUGAAUUGCAUUUACGUUGCGGUAGCAAACAGGAUGCAGAAUUUGAAUUUGAAUUUGAAUGUAGGGAAGUAUAUUUAAAAUGAAUUGAAAUUCAAAGAAAUGUAUACAACUCAUUUUUAACUACAUAAGCAAAGUUUAAGUUUGUUGAUUCACUUCAAAAUGAAAAUUCUGUUAUCAGUCAGACUUCGGUUCAUUUUCAAACACAAAUAAAUAUAUUUUUAAUUAAUCAUAAUCAUGUGAGAAUAACAGAAUAAAUUAAACCGGCUCA